AUGUAUACUGUAAAGAAAAUCUCCAUUGGAUUAUAUUGCGUUGCAGCUGUUUGCUUGCAAUGUGUCAAAGCUGACGCCAAAGCGGAUGAAUUAGCAUUCAGGGCGAACAUGAUCAAAGGCGCAUUUCAACAUGCCUGGAACGGUUACUCUAGUUUUGCCUAUGGUCAUGAUGAAUUGCAGCCAAUCACUAAUGGAACAACAGAUUCCAGAAAUGGAUGGGGAGCUUCAAUUUUCGAUGCUUUGGACACAAUGAUCAUUAUGGGGUUGGAGGACGAUUAUCAAAGAGCACUUGAUCAUGUCAAGAAUGUGGAUUGGACAAAGAGCAAGGAACCGUCAAAGACGUUUGAAACUAACAUUCGCUAUUUGGGCGGCCUCUUGUCUGCUUAUGAUUUGCGCUCUGAUCCAGUUUUACUUGACAAGGCAGUCGACUUGGCUGAAAAGGUCAUCAUGCCUGCGUUCAACACGCCAAAUCGCAUGCCAGCUGCUUUUGUCAAUGUCUCGACAGGACGUCCUGUGAAGCAUAAUGAGAUUAUCUUGGCUGAAUUCGGAUCGCUUCAAUUGGAACUUGUUCGUCUCUCUCAAUUGACUGGCGAUGACCGCUAUCAAGUCGCUGGCAAUCACAUUCUUGAACAGUUGUCUCAAGUUCCUUCCAGAAUUCCUGGCUUAUACCCCAUGACAUGGAGUCUCGACAGCUUUACUCCUAAAAAUACUUACAUCACCAUCUCGGGCGGCGCUGACAGCUAUUAUGAAUACUUGCUCAAGACAAACAUUUUGAUGGAAGGCAACGAAGAGCUUCAAUUGGAUAUGUGGAAGGUCUCUGUUGAUAGCAUGCAAAAAUACCUUCGCUCUGAAACUCACAGCGGCAAAGUGUAUCUUGCUGAAUUUGAGGAGCAUUACAAGCUGUUACAAACGGGUGAAUUGGUCUGUUUCAUGCCAGGCAACUUGCUUCUCGGCGCACGUUAUUUGAACGACCCAACUAUUGAAAAACUAGCCGACGAAUUGAUGAAUUCUUGCUAUGACACUUGGAUUAACACAGCCACUGGUUUAGCCCCCGAGAAGUGGAGCUGGAUUGAUAAGGACCAAAACAUGAAUGGAUAUCCUGAAGCCAUGCAAAAAAUGAUGCUGAAGAAUGGGUUCAUUGCUCAAGACACUGGCUAUGAUUUGAGACCAGAGACAAUUGAAAGCUUAUUUUAUUUCUAUCGUAUUACUGGUGACAAAUCGUACCAGGACAAAGCUUGGAAGAUUUUUGAAGCCAUUGAGAAAUACUGUAAAACAACAUCGGGCUACACUCGCAUUGCUGAUGUUACCAACAUAGAAGACGUGAAGCCAUUGAACUUUGAGGAGAGUUACUUUUUCGCUGAGACACUAAAGUAUCUGUACCUGAUGUUUAGUGACCCCAGCUACAUCUCGUUGGAUGAAUACGUAUUCAACACAGAGGCUCAUCCCUUCAAGCUUAACAAGCCAAUCAAAGUCCAAGCCGAAGAAUUCAAAUAG